AUGCAGACAACUUUAAGCAGCAUUUCCGAGGCAAUAACUGUGUCCCAGAUACUAGCAAGUAUAUUGGAGACCGAAUCUAGCAUCUUCUCCUUCCCAGAACUCGCAGAAAUCAUCGAUUUGACCACGACAUAUAGCCUUCUAUUAGCAAAGAAGAUAUGCACACACCCGGAGGCCAUCAAAAGGGUCAAGACAGUAGAUAUGCAUCUACUCACUAGGAACGCUCACCAGUGGAUCACCGAGUCCCUCUUGGAAGAUAAUGCUAACUCUCUAGAGGCAAUAUUCGACGCUAAUGCACAAGCUACUGAGUCUGUGGGACGUGUUUGCGGGGUGAUUGAUGUGAUAAAUAUGCUAAAAGAAGCGCAUAUAAUACCUGAUAUUGUUGAUUUAGGGACUGUUAGUCAUGCAUUCCAGCAAAACUGUGGCACCGGUCGGAAAAUAGAUGCAUAUCACUUCCUUAAGCUUCUGGAAGAAAUUACUAACAAGAGUCCAAGACUGCUCUAUCAACUUGUUCAUCAGCUUUUAACGCACAAUGGGUAUACGAUAGUUAAUAAGGCCAAUCCAGCAAAUGACAUCAUAUAUGCCUCCGAUUCUUUGCCAACUAAAUUAACUAUGAGUGAGACCAUGACAAAAAGCGAUCUUGUUGGUGCUCAGGCUGAUGAGUUGCUCGAUGCCGAUGAAUCGGAAACAAAACUUUCUAACAAAAUAGAACGGCUGAUAGAGCAUAAUGUUUGUAACUCCCGCUCCACUCUCGUGAACGACUUGCUGACCAUGUCGCACCAUGCAAAAUAUAUCUCGUCCCCUACAAAGGUUUGUGCUCAGCCGCACUCAGCUUUACAAGCAAGGCCAUCCGUGGCAUGUGGCGCACCUACCAUACGUCCAGCUUCUGCAGACAUAAGCAAAAGGGGAUCUGCUCAUGAAGGUCAGCUAAAUGCAGAUCUUAUUGCAGUUUACUCUCGACUGUUCUAUGCAAAGUAUAGAAGCUUGCUCAUAAAGAAAAUAAAUCCGACUCUGAUAAUGCCCGGUGGCCGCACGUAUCAGCUACGACACAAGUUGGGCUUUAUGUACGACUCCAUUAAACGGUUUUAUGGCACCACACAGUAUGUGUCCUUUAAUAGCGCUUUAAGCUUUUUGCUAGUUCACAUGAAGCACUCCGGAUUGACACGGAGGUAUCUUUCUGAGAUAGUAAUGAAAUCAUUAGAUGUUAAGCUGGGUGGGCAGUACGUCAUGAGCGAAUUGGGAUUUGCAGAGAUGCUCUUUAUAGCGGCACUUAGCAUAUAUCACAAUGACAACGGAAAGUGUGACAUGAUGACGAUAGAGGAGAAAGUAAUGAGAGUAAUAACUAUUAUUGUAGAGAAUAGGUGA